UCGAUAGAAAACAGUUCGAUCGCGUGUUCGCGAUUUCCCGACCCGGAUUUAUGCAAUAUUUUAAAUUAAAUUUUGAUUCCAUAUAGUUUGUUAUUUUAGUUGAAAGUUAAAAAAAAUGUUCCGUAACGCGCUCCGGAGCGCCACCCCCGUCCGGUUCAACCGUUCACUCUUCGCCGGAACGCGACGUUGCUGCACCGUUGACGCAAAAAAGUUCGAACCGCCAAAGUUGGACCGUUCCGCCGAAGACCGGUUCGAGGAGGUGCGGGAAAAGGUCCUGUACAGUUCGGUGGUCGAAGCCGGCACGCUCCGGUUGGGCUACCAGAGGAAUAAAAUUGUGGAAUCGAAAAUGGCCAAGGCGAAACGUGCGGCGUUCGCGGCACAGGCCAAAGCCGAACCAUUUCCGGUCGCGCUGAAACAUCUCUACGGGGAGAGUUUGGAGGAGAAUGCAGUUGAGGGUGGAGGGAUGGAGGAGCUGGAUGGGGUUCGGGAUUACUUGCCGUACGAGCGGUUGGUUAGGAGGGUUGAACGAACCGAGGAAAACGUGCCCACGGGUGGUGAAUGGAUGACGGAUUACGAGUUUUACGAGGAGGAUGAGGGGGAUGAUCGGUCUUCGUUUUACGGGACGCCGGAUCCGAGCGAACCGGUUUCGAGUGUGGCGUGCGGUGGGUGUGGGGCGUUUAUGCAGUGUGCGGAACCUAGCAUUCCGGGGUAUUUGCCAAGUCAGCUGUUCAAGGGAAAGCACAAGAAGCAACUUCAGAGUACGAUUUGUCAGCGGUGCCAUUUCUUGAAGAACUACAACACGGCCAUCAACGUGACGGUGUCGCCGGAGGAUUACGUGCAGAUGAUUUCGUCGAUUCGGGACAAGCGAGCGCUGGUGCUGUUGAUGGUUGACCUCCUCGACUUCCCGUGCUCGAUUUGGCCCGGCCUGUCGGACAUUCUCGGCCCGAAACGCUCCAUCAUCGUCGUCGGCAACAAGGUGGACCUGCUCCCGCGGGAUAGUCCCGGCUAUCUGGACACCAUCCGGGACACGCUGACGCGGGCCAUUGUCAGCUCUGGCUUCGAACGGAACAACAUUCGGCACGUCGCCCUAGUUUCCGCCGCGACCGGCUUCGGCGUUGAGGAGUUGAUCACAAAGCUGCACAACGUUUGGGGAAGUCGCGGAGACGUCUAUCUGGUCGGGUGCACGAACGUGGGGAAGAGUACGCUGUUCAACGCGCUGCUGGCGUCGGAUUUGUGCAAGGUUCAGGCGACGGAUUUGGUGCAGCGCGCGACGGCCUGUCCGUGGCCGGGUACUACGCUGCGGAUGCUGAAGUUCCCCAUUUUGCGACCGUCGGACUAUCGACUGUUUUUGAGGACGAAGCGACUCCAGUCCGAACGAGUUAAGCAGAUCGAGGAGGAAAAACUACGAAAGCAACAGGCUCGACAGACCGGAUCUACCAAGUUCGCAACCCUGAUUGGCCACAUCGGACAGACCUUCCUUAAGGAAAAGGACCCUACCAAAGAGGGCUUCUCCGUCUCCCAAAGAGGAACUGCUCAAAGCCCAAUCCUAACCCUAAACGAAAAGUCCGACACGUACGCCAACAGCAAGUGGUGCUACGACACCCCAGGAGUCAUACAACCGGACCAAAUUACGAACCUCCUCACCACCGACGAACUCCUGCAAACCCUCCCCAAGCAGAUGAUCCGCCCCCGGGCCUACCUCCUCAAACCCGGUCUCUCACUCUUCCUGGCCGGCCUCGGCCGCCUCGACUACCUCGAAGGCCCUCCCUCAACCCGCAUCCUCCUCUACUCCUCGCCCUCCCUCCCAACCCUCAUCUGCGAAACAACCGCCGCCACCCAAAUCUACGCAAACCUUCUCGGAACCGAGUUCCUCCAAAUCCCCGGACCCGACCCCAACCGACUCUCCCGGUGGCCCGCACUCAAACCAUCCCCGGACAUCCUCCUCACAGGCGUCCAGGAGAAGCACAUCUCCGUCGCGGACAUUCUACUCUCCUCCGGUGGAUGGAUUGCGGUGAAUCUUCCCCCCGGGGAGGAGGCUGCUUUUAGGGCGUGGACGCCGGAAGCGCGCGGAAUUUACGUGAGACAGCCGGCGCUGUUGCCGCACGGGAUGAGCUUGAGGGGGAAGCGGAUACGUGGUACGUUGGCGUACCGGAUCGGGGAUGGAUUUGUGAAGCGGUGAGAAGUGGAUUGUCAAAAUAGAAAGAUGAUCGUGACUACAAA